CCUCGCUCGCUCUCCCGGAAGCGCCGCCCCCUCCGCCUCAGUCUCUCUCUUUCCGCCGCCAUCUUGAAGCCGGCUCCCCGCACAAAAUGCCUGGUGAAGCGACAGAAACCGUCCCAGCCACAGAGCAGGAACUGCCACAGCCUCAGGCUGAGACAGUAACUCCUCCCCCGGCCCCCGGGGAAGCAAGCUGGCCUCUCACAGGAGUGACCCUGGCAGCUGAGCAGACCAGAGCAGUUGCCAGCAAGAGUCCUGAGGUGGCAGGCGAGGGUUCCCAGACUGAGUCUGCUCUGGAGCCUUCAGGGUCCGGCACAGAAUCCGACAGUGACGAAUCGGUGCCAGAACUCGAAGAACAAGACUCUACACAGGCCACCACACAGCAGGCACAGCUCGCAGCAGCAGCUGAAAUAGAUGAAGAACCAGUUAGCAAAGCAAAACAGAGCCGGAGUGAAAAGAAAGCACGAAAGGCAAUGUCCAAACUGGGCCUUCGCCAGGUCACAGGUGUAACCCGAGUCACCAUCCGGAAAUCCAAGAACAUCCUCUUCGUCAUCACGAAGCCAGACGUGUACAAAAGCCCCGCAUCAGACACCUACAUCGUCUUCGGCGAGGCAAAGAUCGAAGAUCUGUCCCAGCAGGCGCAGCUGGCAGCUGCCGAGAAAUUCAAAGUGCAAGGAGAAGCCGUCUCAAACAUUCAGGAAAACACACAGACUCCCACCGUACAAGAGGAGAGCGAAGAGGACGAGGUUGACGAGACCGGCGUCGAGGUGAAGGACAUCGAGCUGGUCAUGUCCCAGGCGAACGUGUCCCGGGCGAAGGCUGUCCGGGCCCUGAAGAACAACAGUAACGAUAUUGUAAAUGCUAUUAUGGAAUUGACGAUGUAGCCAUCAGAAGGGAGGAACCUUUUGGUUUUUCAGAGAAGAGUAAAAUGCAGCUAAAUUUAACAUUUGUACUAUUUCUAUCGAUAAAUAAAAGUUGUGGCUUACUGUCGAUGAAA